AUGCGCCUCGGCAUCCUCUCCGUCCUGACGGCGCUGUACUUCAGCGCUGUCUGCGUCGUCGCUACGACGUGCACGCCUGAUUCGCAGCCCAACCCCUACGCCGACAUCAGCACUGGCAGCUACACCACCGGCACCAAGAAUGGCACCCUUGCUGUACUGCUCAUUACGCUUGAAGAGGCCCAGAAGGUCGUCGGCGACAUGUACACGAUCAACAGGGCCGCCUACCGCGAACUGAUUCCCGCCAUGCCCAAGGAUGCGUACCCGCUUUUCCUCCGGGCCGGCAUCGAGCAUGAUAUCCGGCUGCCUAACAAAGUCAAGCUUUCUGACCUCACCCGCGUCUCGAUCGAGUACCCGUUCCUCUCCCUCCCGAUUUCCAGGCCCUACACGUUCUUCCGCAUGGUCCCGACGCAGCUCAUAACCGCGUCCAAUGAGGACGAGAUCGGCAGGACUACUUCGUACGGCACCGAGGUCAUCCCGGCCACCUUCGACCCGCCCUGCAACGCCUACACCUACACGCGCGACGGCAAUGCCAAGGACAGGAAGGUCUUCCUCCAGGGCUUCAAGAAAGACGACACCAGCAUCCAGUUCGACAGCAAGUGGGAGACCAUCACCUCGCCGGACGGCAAGAUGCCCUGGACCUUGGACUUCUUCGUCAACAUCACCAACCAGCCUUCCUUGAGCGGCCAGGGCGUGGAUUGCCGCUCCCAGAAAACGAACUUCACCACCGACAUCUCGAAUGGCCAGUGGAAGCCGGUCGUGGUCAAGGGCUCGGUCGAUGUGGCUGGCGACCUGUACAAUGGCGGCGAUGGGAAGAAGUGGGAUGACGUUUGGGGCUAUCAGGUCGAUACGGCCUUUGCCGAGGUCAACCACUGGAAGUGCUGGGGGCUUUGA